AUGAUUUCUCGCCGACGAAGACAAAUCGUCAAAUUGACGGUAUGCAUGAUCUAUGUGAUCGGUGUACUUGUUAUUCUCAAAGGAAUUAUGAGAGUGUCCGAUAGUUUUGUAUUCGAUACCAGUGUUACCGAUGUUCAUAUAGAAAUAGCGGGAAAUCGUGAAGAUGACAGACCCUCUAACGAUUUUCAAAGCAGAUGGAACAGAGAAAAAACAGAAAGAUUCGAAAAAUGGAUAUUAGAAUGGGAAAAAAAUAUUGUUCCCUCGCUGGGGGAAGGAGGGAAACCAGCUAAACUUCCAGAAGAGGAGCAGGAGAAUGCACAAAAAAUAAUGGCAACGAAAGCUCUCAAUGUUUUACUUUCCGACAAAAUUCCACUGGACAGAAAACUCGAAGAUCCAAGAGCUCCUGCAUGUAGAAAUAUCAUUUAUGAUUAUUCACUGCCAAGUGCCAGCGUAAUUAUCAUUUUUCACAACGAACCCUGGAGCGUUCUCCUCAGAACCAUCCGCAGUGUAUUAAACGGUUCUCCGGCAAGGCUUCUCAAGGAAAUUAUUCUUGUGGAUGACCACAGUGACGAAGAGGAACUUGGAGAGAAAUUGGACUAUUAUCUAGCAACUCGUUUUCCGAAAAAAGUGAGACUAAUUCGAUCACCACAGCGAUUUGGACUGAUCCGGGCGAGGCUGUUAGGUUCGAAAAAUGCGAAAGGAGAUGUUUUAAUUUUCCUGGAUGCUCAUUGCGAGGUUGCAGUUCACUGGUUGGAGCCACUCUUGCAGAGAAUAAAAGAAAAACCGAACGCUGUCGUAAUGCCCAUUAUCGAUAACAUAUCGGAGGACACGCUAGAAUAUCUCCAAGACAAUGACACCGGAUCAUUUCAAGUUGGCGGCUUUACGUGGUCCGGUCACUUUACAUGGAUCAAUAUUCAAGAAAAAGAUUUGAGAUCUCGAGCAACUAGCGUUUCGCCUGUAAAUUCGCCAACUAUGGCUGGAGGUCUUUUCGCUAUUGGUAGAUUGUAUUUUUGGAAAUUAGGGAGCUACGAUGAUCAGAUGGACGGUUGGGGAGGAGAAAAUCUCGAAAUGUCGUUUAGAAUUUGGCAGUGCGGUGGUGUGCUCGAAGCGAUUCCCUGCUCACGGGUUGGUCACAUUUUUCGAAAUUUUCAUCCGUACAAAUUCCCCGAUGAUAAAGAUACCCAUGGAAUAAAUACGGCGCGUCUCGUUUACGUUUGGAUGGACGAUUACAAGAGAUUAUUUUUCUUUUACCGCGAGGAAUUCAAGCAUAACACAACGGCUAUAGGAGAUUUGACGGAGCGAAUUAAACUGCGAAAAAAAUUGAAAUGCAAAAGUUUCAAAUGGUACCUCGAUAAUGUGUAUCCGGAAAAGUUUAUCCCCGAUGAAAACAUCGUCGCUUAUGGUCGCGUUAUGCUGAAAAACCGAAAUCUCUGCCUCGAUAAUUUACAAAGGGACGAGGAUAAACCGUACAUUAUCGGGCUCUACAGUUGUCACAAUAAAAUUUUUCCCAGUCAGUUUUUUUCUCUGAGUCAUUAUGGAGAGCUUAGAAGGGAACAAACGUGUGCGGUAAUAAAUACCAUAGAUGAAGACAGUCCACGUCCGAAAGUCCAAAUGGUUGAUUGUCAGUACCAAGGAGACGAAGCGAAAUGGACAUUGACCGAAGAAGGAAAACUUGUUCACGUAGCAACGGGGCUCUGUUUGGAUGGGACGAAGAUUAAAAGUGGAGGUGACUUAGUCGCGAGCAUGUGUUCCGAUCGAGCGUCCGAUCAAUUUUGGCAAUUCGAUUUUUACGGUGGCAUUACGCCGAGAUAAUGUACUUCCGUAUUGAUCUUUGCAAAAUUGUACUUAAACUGUGACCUGAUUACAGUUUCCGAGACUGCGACCCAUUCCUUAAAUGCCUUCAACAAUUUUUCGGUAAAGAAAAAAGGCAGCGGUAUUUUACGGUGGAAACAUACCGAGAUUAACCUCUAUCGAUAUUUUUUAUAAUCCAGUGAUUGUUAGAACGUCUUCCUAAAGUGAUUAUUGUUUUACAUUACGAUACGUGUGUGCCUAUUAUUGCACGGCGUGAAGUUAGCGCUCGAGCGUAUAGCGAGGGUGCUAAACGCCGUGCUAUAAUAGAGCAGCUUAUUCACGAGUAUCGUAUACUAUUUUAUAGCCCGCAUGACAUAAACCCGCAUUUUAGCCACGCUUUUGCGUUUAGGUUUAGGUCAUGCGGUGCUAUAAAAAAUAUUUCUUGCUCGAUAUAACUAGUUCAUUCUGAGCUCGCAAUUCAUAUUUUUGAUACUAUUUAUCGAGUGCUCCGUUGUACACGAUUGUUACUUAAUCUCGUUAAGUUUGAUAAAAGAAAAAAAAAUGAUUAAUGAAUUAUUGAAUACCGAAUUAUCGAUCGUUGAUGAUACCAUAUAUACUUUUGGACUAUACGAUAGUUCUUAUGUAUGGCGUUCCGGGUUUGUGAUUUUAUCAUUUUUAAUCAACGUUAUUAAUUUUUAUUGUAAAAUAUUAUUUUAUAUUUACUUACAAAUGAACAUCUUUAGUUGCGCUCUUCUUGAAAUGUUCAAAACAACUUAAACAACGUGGUGAUUCUAUUUUAUUUACUACUUCUAAAGUAAUGUGUCCUCGGAUCUGAUAUAUUCGCCUAUAUCAGCCUGAUGAAAACAUACCGUUGACAUUGGAUCUGCAUGCUUACAGUCGGCUGUACUUUUAGCAGCUACUCCAAAACCCUGCAAUAUUGAAGACAAUAAAAAUCAAUUUGCUCAAUAAUUCAAUAAAUAUUGUAAAUGAGUACAGUGAAAACAAAAAGUCAUUGAUUCAAUCUCAUUUGAUAUUACUGAGAAACUUUUAUUCAUUCAAUUACAGUUUUAUCAAUCGGAUUAAAUGUCAAGUUCGAUGUUUGAUUGAACCAAUGAAGAACAAUGAUUUUUUCACUUAGUGCUCCAAAAUUCGAAUACAGUUUUAGAAACUGUAUUUGGCUUUAUGAAAAUUUUUAAAACACAAAGCAAUCAAAAAUUUAAUCAUAAUAGACAAUACCUUUUAUAAAUGGUUAUAAAUUAUGUAGAAUAAUUAAAAGCUAAUAAAACAAAGUUUCAUUAAAAA